GCUCACUGGACUCGUCUCUCAGUCCGACGUCGCUUUCCGUCGCUCACAGCUAUUGAGUGUGCGAGGUGUGAUGGGACUCACGAGUCCGGACGCUAAUCGGUGAGAUUAUCAUCCUUUCGGGCGGCGAGCAUGUCGAGGGAGAGCAGUUAAUGGAGCCGGCUUCAUCAAUGGAUGUUUCUCCCGAGGUUUCCUACGUUUUUCGUGAAAUCCGUUGCGAGAUCGCUUCUGCGAAGGAAAUACGCCUUCCGAGGAGGACAGGGACCAAUCAGCCGAGGCGAACCAAAGAUGAACAAGCCUUAUGAUUAGACUAAACUCUCAGGAAAGCCUGGGCUGCGAAUUACCAUGCUAGCCUGUAUCCAGAGACGGCAGAACUUCCCAUCGCAGCAUUUGGCACGCACACCCAAAAGCCUCGACGUUUCACCACCAUCUUUACUGCUGCCGGUGCCGCCUCUGCAGACAUGCAUCCAGAAAGGCGAGUCGGGCUCCAUGAUUUCUCGGUAUCCGUCUCCUGCAGAGUUGGAUGCUUUUGCCCAGAAAACCGCCAACAGCCCACUGUCCAUCAAAAUCUUUCCGUCUGACAUCCGGGUGCCACAACACAAGCAGCUCAACAAAACCGUCAAUGGCUUGGACACCACAGGCCAACGCUACAGCUCUUACUCACACCCACACUUAGGAGGCAACCAGGGCCUGCUGGCCAUCGUCAAAGCCUCAGUGGUGGUCAAAGGUGUGCUGAAAACAUGUGAGGGCAGGAGGACUAAACCUUCAAACUCCCAGACUUCUUUGGCACCGUAUGAUAAUCCUCUGAACAAUGGCUACACAGUCAGACAUGGGCACAAGGCCUAUCACAUAAGCUCCUGUAAGCUCCCAGAUGUACCCAAUGAAACACUUUGUUCUACUGCAGGAAUGGCCUCCAGAGAUCAGAGCCUCCCCCCUCAGAAUGAGCUGGCAGAAGUUCAAAGCCUGAUGAGGCAGAUGAGCAGAGUUCCCCACAGCCAGGCCCUGCACCCUGGGGGAGAGGCUCGAGCCAGCCCCUCGCUGCAGGCUGUGGCUGCAGUGGCGCAUUCAGGCUCAGACUUUGUGUUUGGAGUGCCGCCCCAGAGCAGCCUGACAUUCACAGGGGCUGUGCUACCCACACAGGGUGCAGACACAGCCAGAGCCGGAUACUUAGAAAGGGGAGAGUACUCGUUGUGGCAGCACAAGGCUCAGACCCAGACGGCCUAUCAGCAGGAAGCAGUUAGGAUGUAUGGCGUGAGUAACAGCGCUCAGGGGCGCAGAGUGGCAGAGGUCGGCGUGGCUCAGUCUCCUGAAACCUGCCUGCUGUUAACAUGCUCGUCACGGCUGUCCUACAGGCGGGACCGGGUCAGCGUGCAGGCGGAGCUACCGGGUGGGCACUUCUACGCUCCGCUCUGGGACGACAGCGACUGUUACACCUCUCAGGUGUUGGGUACCACCAUGCCCGGAGAUGUGAGGCUCUCCCACCCUCAUCUCCACCCAAACAGCCAUCAACACAGCCAGCCACAGCUCCACCUUCCACCUCCCCCUCCUCCUCCUCUUCACACCCAGGCCUACAGCGCAGACCAGAAUCUGUGCUGCGGGCUGCCGAGUUUUAGCCUGUGCCACGCUGCAGCACUCAGCAGCAGCCUGCAGUCUCUGGAGUGCCUCAUCAGUGAGAUCCACCCCCCCUGCAUCAAGGAGCGCAUGCUGGGCCGUGGGUACGAAGCCAUGGGGAUGCCCCAGCUGCUGGAGCACCAACAGCAAACCCACAUCCAGCUCCCCAUCUACAGAUAAGGAAAGCUGCCAAGCAACGGGACAAAAGACACUUUUUCUCUCUCCUUUUUUUUUAAACAGGAAAUGAAAGUUUAACUUUAAACCUCUGUGGAAAAGACACACCUUUUACGUUUUUGCAUGUGUUUGUAGAAGGAUUUGUGUUUUAUGCCCGGAAAAUAAAAGGUAAAUGAUAAUCAUGACUCCAGAUGUUUAAACAAAAUGUAACUGGAACAUGCAGAUGUGAAAAUGAUCAGGGGUGAUGAUUCAAAGUGAUUUAUGAAACAUUUCUGGUAACAACGGUUAUAUAUCUUUAUGUAAAAUUGCUUACGAGGGACCUUUUCAGUGCUUUUAUUUUUCACCGUCUCCCAUCAUAACAACCAGGUAUCCAGCUACUGCAUAGAGAAAUAUGAUUUUAUCCCCAAGUGACAUCUUAAAUAAUACUUUUCUUUUGUGUUCAUGCUCAGCUCCGUGUUUUGAGACUGAUGCCUUUAAAGCCAAGACAGAAGCUUCUUUUGGUUGAGUUUUUAAGUUUGCUUUUGAAAGAAACAACUUUGCCAUGCUGAAGGUUGUGUGAUUGUUUUAUAAAAGGACUGGUGUGCCACGUUGGACAGAAGGCGGCGCCUGGAUCGUACCAUGUUCUAUGUAGGGCUAUAUUAUCUUGAACGCUUUGAGAUGUGCGACUGAGUAGUUCUCCAUGUGUCUGCAGUGGUACUGUAAAACUAUUUAUUUAUAUUGACCUGGCGAGUUAUAUGACAAACUCUCUAUAAUUAUUAUAAAGUGCAAUUAUUAUAUAUGAAAACAUGAGUUUCUCCAUGAAUUAACUACUUUUUGCAAUGUAUGACCCCAAUCCUCCAUCCCUUUAUUUGAAUCUUUUCUUGAUAAGCAUUGUCAAGUAAAUAAAACAUUUUCUAAACCCA